UCUUUUUGAGUCCCUCAUCCCCUCUACAGGUGAAACCGGUCUGAGGCUCCCUGGGAAAACUGAUGCAGCUUCUAGCAGGGCCAAGUUCACUGCAGAAAGUCAGUCGAAGGGUUAAAACGAAGGAGUCUGAAUCCCUAGAGUAGCAUCAACAAAGACUUUCCACAGUCACUUCCGGCUCCAUUUGCAGGGGAAGGGGAGAGACGGAGGAAGCAGUGCCGGGAUAUUUUUUUAGGAUAGGGGUGAGAGAUAAAAGGAGAGUUCCUUUGCAAAUAAUCUCCUUUAUUAAGAGUUUUUAAGGAAACAGGAGGUCACAGAUGGGGCAUUUGCCUUUGUAGAAGAAUGUGAUAGAGGAGGAAGGUGAUCUGUUGAUCCAGGUGGAAGCUCUUUUGGAGAGCAAGGGAAGAUGCGUGAAGAGCUGGACACAGGUGUCCCUGAAUCAAGAAAAGGCCUCUGUUCCUCGAAGGCUGAGAGCAGAAAGGAAUUGUGGGAAGGAACCACGUAGAAGAGCCAGAGGGACCACUGAUGUCCUCUCCUGAUGUCCUCUCUCCUGAUGUAGGGCGAGGAGUUCAAGCAGUUCUGCUAUCAGGAAACCGAGGGGCCCUGAGAGGUUUGCAGCCAACUCCACCAUCUUCACCUACAGUGAUUGAAGCCAGACAGGCAUAGCAAGAAAGAGAUGCUGGACCUUGAGAUCCUGGAUAAAUUCCUGGCCUUCCUGCCCCCGGAGAUGGCGAACUGGGUCAGGGAAUGUGGGCCAGAGAUCAGUUCUCAGGCGUCAGUCCUUACAAGAGGCUUCUUCUUGAGCCAGGCAGAGGACACGAAUCGGGACCAGCAGGUGCAGCGAAGGAUCACACAGGAGGGUUAUCGCAGUGGAACUCUUGCAGGUGGUGCCGUACCUUCUUUGCCAUCUUGGUGGGGCAGAGAGAAUUCCUUCAAGACUGAUUGGGGUCUGGUGACCUUUCAGGAGGUGUCUGCUCAUUUCUCUGAGGAGGAGUGGGAUCUGCUGGAUCCAGACCAAAGAAGGCUUUACAAGGAAGUCAUGGAGGACAAUUGUCAGAAUGUGGCCUCUCUGGAAGGAUUUUUGGUUUCCGAACUUGAUUCCAUGGUCCUACUGGAAGGAGCAGGAGAUCCACUUGCCCAAGACCCAAAAGAAAGAAAGCGAUCAGCAGUGGAUAAUAUUCUCCAAAACAAAUCCAGUAGAAAACCUCAACACCUCAUUUAUGGUGAAAAAAAGACAAAAAGAAGCACAGAAAUAAAAUGGAAAAUGGGGAACAAAUCUUGUGUUUUGCAAAGUGCUGAAUCCCAGAUAUUUGAUACAUAUGGAAAAAUUAACAAAACUGAGAAACCAGAUAAGUGCUUGGAAUGUGGAAGAAGUUUUGGUUCAAAGGGAAACAUUCCUGGACAUCAGCGGCACACAACGGAUAUACAUAAAUGCCUGGCAUGUGGAAACAGCUUUUCUCAAAGUUCAUCUCUUACUCAACAUCAACGGGUCCACAUUGGGGAGAAACCACAUAAAUGCUUGGAAUGUGGAAAGAGUUUUUCUCGGAAUUCAGAGCUUAUUGUCCAUCAACGGGUCCACACUGGGGAGAAACCAUAUAAAUGCUUGCAGUGUGGAAAGAGCUUUGCUCGUUAUUCAGAUCGUAAGAAACAUCAACAAAUUCACACUGGGGAGAAACCAUAUAAAUGUUUGGAGUGUGGAAAAUGCUUUGCUAAGAGUUCAUCUCUUAUUCAACAUCAACGGGUCCACACUGGGGAGAAACCAUAUAAAUGCUUGGAAUGUGGAAAACCGUUUUCUCAGAGUUCACAUCUUACUAAACAUCAACGAAUCCACACUGGGGAGAAACCAUAUAAAUGCCUGGAGUGUGGAAAGAGCUUUGCUCACCAAUCUUAUCUUACUCAACAUGAACAGACCCACACUGGGGAAAAACCAUAUAAAUGCUUGAAGUGUGGAAAGAGCUUUGCUCGGACUUCAUAUCUUAGUGACCAUCAACGAAUCCAUACUGAGAAGAAACCUUAUAAAUGUUUGGAAUGUGGGAAAAGCUAUGCAAAGAGUUCAUCUCUUACUAAACAUGAACAAAUCCACAGUGGGGAGAAACCAUAUAAAAGCUUGGUGUGUAGAAAAGGUUUUGCUCAAAGUUCAUAUGUUACUCAACAUGAACGAAUCCAUGCUGGGGAGAAACCAUUUAAGUGCUUGGAGUGCGGAAAGAGCUUUGCCCGGAGGUCAGAGGUUAUUGUCCAUCAGCGAAUUCACACUGGAGAGAAACCAUAUCAGUGCUUGGAGUGUGGAAAGAGCUUUGCUCACAAUUCACAUCUUACUCGACAUCAGCCUAUCCACACUGGGGAGAAACCAUAUCAAUGCUUUGAGUGUGGAAAAAGCUUUGCUCGUUAUUCAGAUCUUAGUAAACAUCAACGAAUCCACACAGGGAAGAAACCAUAUAAAUGCUUGGAGUGUGGAAAGAGUUUUGCUCACAGUUCAUAUCUUACUCAGCAUCAACUUAUCCACACUGGAGAGAAACCACAUAAGUGCUCAGAGUGUGGAAAAAGCUUUGCACGAACUUCAUCUCUUACUAAACAUCGACGAAUACACACUGGGGAAAAACCAUAUAAAUGCUUGGAGUGUGAAAAAAGCUUUGCUCAGAGAGAAGAUCUUACUAAACAUCACCGAAUCCACACUGGACAAAAACCAUAUAUAUGCUUGGAAUGUGGGAAAAGGUUUGCUCAGAGUUCACAUCUUACUAAACAUCAACGAAUCCACACUGGGGAGAAACCAUAUAAAUGUUUGAAGUGUGCAAAGAGCUUUGCUCAAAGUACAGAUCUUACUAUCCAUCAACGAAUCCACACUGGGGAGAAACCAUAUAAAUGCCCGAAGUGCGGAAAGAGCUUUGCUCACAAAUCAUAUCUUACUCAACAUGAACGAACCCACACUGGGGAGAAACCAUAUAAAUGCUUGGAAUGUGGAAACAGCUUUGCUCAAAGUACAGCUCUUAUUAUCCAUCAACGAAUCCACACUGGGGAGAAACCAUACAAAUGUUUGGUGUGUGGAAAAGGCUUUGUUCGGAAGGCACAGCUUAUGCAACACAGACUAAGUCAUACAGGGGAGAAACCAUAUAAAUGCCUGGAGUGUGGGAAGGGCUUUGCUCAGAGUUCAGAUCUUACUAAACAUCAACGAAUCCACACUGGAGAAAAACCAUAUAAAUGCUUGGAGUGUGGCAAAUGCUUUGCUUGGAGUUCAAAUCUUACUAACCAUCAACAAAUCCAUUCUGGGGAGAAAUCAUAAAAGUGCUUGGAGUGUAGAAAAAGUUUUGCAUGGAGUUUCAUCCUAGUUGCUCAUCACCACAUCCACACUGGGAGAAAGCAAAUAAAUGCUUGGUGUGUGGAAAAGGCUUUGCUCAAAGUUCAGAUCUUAUUAAACAUCAACGAACCCACACUGGACAGAAAAAGAUAUAAAUGAUUGGAGUGUGGAAAAAGCAUCUCCAAAACCACACUGGGGAAAAUUAUAUAAAUGCUUGAAGUGUGGAAAAAGUUUUAUUCACAGUUUCAUUCUAGCUGCUCAUCCCCACAUCCUCUCUGAGGAGAAACCAUGUAAAUGUUUGGAGUGUGGAAAAAGUUUUGCUCUCAGUUUCAUCCUAGUUGCUCAUCACCACAAUCACACUGGGGAGAAGCUCUAUAAAUGCUUGGAUUGCAGAAAAAAAGUUUUGCUUGGAUUUCACAUCUUACUACAUAGUAUCAAAUCCAUAUUGGCAAGAAACCAUAUAGGAGUGUGAGAAAAGCUUUGCUCAGGAUUCCCAUGUUACUAAACAUUAAUGAUUCUACACUGCAGAGAAACCAUAUAAAUGUUUGGACUGUGGAAAAAUCUGUGCUCAGGGUGGCUUCCAGCUGCUCAUGACCAAAUCCUCACUGUGGAGAAACCAUGUUAAUGUUUGUAAUGUAGAAAAAUGUUCCUUGGUUUUGAGAUCUUAGAAGAAGAAGA